AUGGCUCCAGUUACUUCUAAGAAAUCCAAAUCUGUCAAGAAAUUUGUUGUUGACGUUGCUGCUCCAGUUGAAAACGAUGUCUUUGACCAAGAAAGUUAUGUCAAAUACUUGGUUGAACACGUUAAAGUUGACGGUAUUGUUGGUAACUUAGGUAACGACAUUUCCAUCACUGCUGAAUCUGACAACAAAGUUGUUGUUGUCGUUAGUGGUAACGGUAGCUUUUCUGGUAAAUACUUGAAAUAUUUGACCAAGAAAUACUUGAAAAAGAACCAAAUCAGAGACUGGAUUAGAUUUGUUUCUGUCAAGCAAAACCAAUACAAAUUACAAUUCUACGCUGUCGCUGAAGAUGACGAAGAAGAAGAAGACGAAGAAUAA